AUGGAGGUCUCUGUGUAUCUGUUCCUUGCAGAGGUUCUGGAUGCAGCUGUUGAAGGCAAUUGUAGUGACACCGGAAUUGCCGUCUCGAAUGACAAACGCUACAUCGCCAGUCCAGGAUAUCCCGCACUCAUUACCGGAAGCUCCGUAUGUCUGUGGACGAUCGAGGCGCCACCUGGCUAUAAUGUGGACUUUUCUGUGAGAGAGUAUCUCCUUCGGGAUGAUCCGGGAAAGCUCUUCGUCAAAAUCCGUGAAGUGAAAAAAAACGGCAUGGGCAUGAAGUUUGACAGAACGGCUCAGAAGGACUUGACGUUUACAAUGAGCGGCAAUGUGGAGAUUUUGCUCUUUACCCAUGACUCGAAAAGCGGCCAUAGACUGUGGUUAGAGUAUAGAUUGGUGGACGACUCAAGCCUAGAACACUUGAAACUUUUCCCUCUCCCAAACAGAACAACCUGUGGUUUCCCUGUUAUGAACACUACGACAUCUACAGGUGUGUCAACAGUCAACAGUAGCAGAAACAACUCGUCACAUGGCACAAAUCACACCCGUCUGAACUCCACGCUGACUCUAUUAGAAGGCCAUACGACGGAGAGACCAAGCGAUGCCUACUUCACACCUGGCAUGACUUACCCGCCUACACGGUCCUCCCCCAACGUGACAAAGACAGGUGUGGGUAGCAAAGAUCCGCCGAAUACAGGUAUCACGAUAGCUGUGGUUGUGUGUACUAUAGGUAUAGCUUGUUGUUUGGCUGCCAUCUGGGUCAUGAGGAAACACAGACAUCACAAAGCGCCGGGUCGUGCCGUCAACUGUCUCAUCUCUGACACUUACACCCUGGAAUACGAUCGCUCCUCACGUUCUUCCACUCCAACUACCGCUAGGGGACCACACGUCAACCAGGCGCAGCUUGUAGGAAUCAACCAUCCACCACUCGACAUUGCCGAGAUCAUGAGGCAAUCGGAAAUAAUCCGACAGAAAAAGACGCUCCGAUUUUCAGACGAUAUAGAAAAAGUUAUUUGUGAUUCUCCCCCUGUGUUAGAAUCGGGGGACUUCCCCCCGAUCGACUUUAAAAAGUAUAUAAUUACUGACAAAAACGACACCCCUGAGCCGGGCCCAGACAUCGAGAAUCACGUCUAGCAGCGGUGUGUGAAUGAGACGACCCACGUGACAACGUGCGAGAUUAUACGUUAUGUCAUUCUGGCUGACCUUUUUCCAGGUGUAAUGUGUGAUAUGUAUGUGCUUCCAACUGGCCAGUUUUUGGCCAGACCGGCGUUGACAUUUGCAUAGGCUACAUGCCAAAUCGUGUACAUUUAUUUAAGCUGUGAAUGAUUGGUGCUCGAAACCCCCUCCUAAAAAGUGUGACAGUAUUAGUAGGAUACGGCUGUAUGUACGUAUGAAUAUAUAGUAUGAUUGUCAAGUUACAUUUAGCCGAAAAUCUGUAAAGGCUGUAAAUAUUGUCGCCGUUUAAUUUGUGCUACACACAGAGCUGUUUCAAAUACACUGUAAAAGCCAGGGCCCGUAUUUAUUAAACGACUUAAGAGUUAAGUCAAAAAUUCAAACACAGAUAUAAUUAAAAUAUUUUGCUUUAGGACGUUUAAAAUUUAUACGCUGAUUAUUUCGUGCAGAGAAAUGUACCAACAACAGUUGGAGUUCUGUUCUGUGUCUUCCUUUUAAAGUAUGGAAUUUAUGACUUAAGGUUUUAGUUGCUUGACAAAGGAAAGCCUAAGGUCCGAUUGCAUAAAGGUACUUUUGAUUUAGGUCAAACUCUGAACUAUAAUAUAUACGAUAUUAUUGGUGCGCCAUUGAAACUAACAUUUUUUCCAGCACAUCAAUGUUGCCCCGAAACAAAUGUGUCAAAAUUUCAACUAUCAAAACUGAAAAUUUAACAUUUGAAUCAUGCCAGAAAUGCUUUGUGGAAUCGAACCCAGGUCAGAUAGAGCAGGUAUGGCAAACUGGUUCUAAGCUCAUGUAUGUAUAAUACGUACUAACCAUAAUACAUAUGGUUAGAAGUUGUAGUAUGCAAGAAUACAACGCAACGAAAUGUUAUAAGAAUGUGCAAUACAUGUCGCGUGUAUUACACAGAUCUUCUUUAGGAUAAUUGCCACCACAAUAUGUUCUUCACCUACACCCAGAUAAACAUAUGGUAAACAUAAGUUAUGCAUCACAUAAAAAAUUUUUGUCCAUAGUCAUUGGUCGAAAACACGAUUAACAUUAAAACAAGCUCUCGUAUGAAAAA